CCCAGUUAUUGUUUUUUGAACCGGCGACCGGCGAGGUCGUUUCCUGAUAUUGUUGGUAAGGAGCGGCAGUUAUUUUAUUUUCGCGAGGUGCAUCUGCGCGAGAGGUGCUGGACGGACAAAACAAGUGAAACUGCACAGCCGAGGAAGACCUUGAAAAGUGAUAAUUGGAGGCGCAAGGUGAAGAACCCAAUCCAGAAACGUGACAGGGCAAACGGGUGUAGGAUAAAAAAAAAUAAGUGGUUGUUCCUGUAAAAGGAAAAGUGAUUUGUUUUUAAUCAAAAAUCGAAAGUUGCUGCACAAUUCACGAAUUCAGAGGAAGGAAGAUGCUGCGGAUUAUUUUGUUCUUGGCGGUCACGUCACCGGCACUACUGAAGGCCGCUCGAAUCCAGCUGGUGAACCUCACACCCGAGGAAGCACAAAAAUACAUCACCCAGCAGAGUUUGGAUUUGCGCUACGCCAAAAAACUGGGUGAACACCCUCUGGGUUACUUCCGGAACAUUCAGGAUCCAGAGGCAAAGUUCUACCACAAUGGGCGGUUGAUCGACAACCCGGAGGAUUACGUCGAAGAGGCGUUCGAAGCUUCGCAAUUCCACGGCCAAGAUGGACUUGGACGAGCCAUGUUCGGAUAUACUGAUCACAAUCAGGCCCGCCUGGAGGCUCGCAACACCAACGGAGAGGUGCGUGGCUCAUAUCAGUAUAUUGAUCCAUUCGGCCAGGAAAUGGUCGUCCAGUAUUGGUCGGACAGUUUGGGAUUCCAUCAGGUUGACAACCGACCUGAAGUUAUCCUUGAACCGGUUACUGAAACUCCGGAGGUACGCGAAGCUCGCGUUGCACAUCAAAAAGCUUGGGAAGAAGCCGCUCAGCUCUCUCGGUCCGGAAAACCAAUAAGCAGUGUCAACCAGAAACCAGUGCAGAACACCGUAGACGACGAUGACGACGAAGUUGUAGGCGCUUUGUCCAAUCAGCAUCAGGCUCUCGUUCGGUAUCCCAGUCUGCCAUACACGACUCACAUCUCACCGAAUUCUGCUCCAGCCGCAUCAAAUGAUGCGAUAGUUGUUGAAGCCGUGCGUAAGCUCAAGAAACGGCAGAAUGAUGAAUCCGUCAAAGGGACUACCGACGAAGAGGAACCACAAUAUGAUCCAAAAGGAUUUUUCUACAGCUUCGAAUAUCCAGUUUUCAACAUUGUACAAUCGGAGGCUGCUCGAGCCCGCUCACAGAAGGUCAAGCGAUCGACUGAAUCGGAUUCCGUUGACGUAGUUGAAGAACCUUCACCAGUGGUUGAAAACGUCCCCGCCGAGGAUAACCGAGUGUCAUUGAAGGCCGUCCAAAGUGGAGAACAGCUGGUUGCGGCAGUUCACGAUGUACAGGUUUCACCCAAGCAAAAACUUAGCACGGAACAGUGAUCGAUGACAGACCUACACAAAUUUGCCAUAUUUUUGCGAUGUACAAAAAAGCAGAGCAAAUGGAUCUCCUUCACACACACGAAAAUACAUUUGUAAAAAAGACGAACAAAAUGAAAUCAAUAAGACUUGAAUACAUUUCGCGAUUGAACCAGAAUACUCAGCAGGACCGGAAAAUAAAGUGAAAAAAAAAUACA